CGCCUCCCCUGCCCAGGGCGCAGCGGCUGUCCUUUCUUGCGCGCGCUUUAGUGCCGCCGCCGCUUCUUCCUCUUCCUCUCGUUGAUCCCUGCGGUGACCCAGAUUCCAACCGCGCCGUCGGGCUCCCGCCGCCUUCGCCGGAGAGCAGGAGGGACGCUGGCAGGCGGCUGGAGACUCUGCGGCGCGAUGGGACUGUGAGAGCCAAGGACCGAGCAUAAAUAACUUCUGGUGAAAAACAAUUUGCCGGUGACCAGUUGAGGACAUUUAGUGUGACUGAAGAACAAAGCUGCCAAAAUGAAGCACUUCCUGAGGAUGCUCGUCCAGGUGUGCCUCUACUUCUACUGCAAGUGCUUGUGGCGCUCCCUGAAAUUUGUGGUGAGGAAGCUGACAGGACGGUGCGAGUUGCAGCGGAUCUGCUACAACACAAAGCCUGGGGCCUGCAGGACCAUCAAAAUUGAAACAUCACUAAGGAGUUCAAAAAAUAAGUUGUUGCAGAGUUCGCUGAGUGUUCACCCAGAUGCAAUUGAAAAAACUAUAGAUGCCAUCAUGGACCUGAAAAAGAUUAAUCCAGAUGUGAACCCACAGCUUGGCAUAUCUCUGCAGGCCUGCCUCCUUCAGAUUGUAGGGUACAGGAAUUUGAUUGCAGAGGUUGAAAAACUGCGCCGGGAGCCCUAUGAUUCAGAGGAUCCCCGGCAUGAAGACAUGCUCCUGAAGCUAUGGAAAUGCUUGAAACCCGAUUCCCCGUUGGAAGCUCGGAUUUCCAAGCAGUGGUGUGAAAUUGGUUUCCAAGGUGAUGAUCCUAAAACAGACUUCAGAGGCAUGGGCCUUCUGGGCUUAUAUAAUUUGUUAUAUUUUGCGGAACACGAUGCGGCUGCAGCUCAACAGAUCCUCUCCGAUUCCCUUCAGCCAAAAUACAGGGAAGUUACUAAAGAGGACUUAAGCAAAUGCAGCAAGGCUGAGUGGGAGAAGAAAAAGUUUGAUAAAGCAAUUGGCUACUCCUUUGCCAUCGUUGGCAUUAACAUCACGGACCUUGCGUACAACCUGCUUGUGAGCAGUGCUCUGAAAACGCACUUCUACAACGUUGCUCCAGAGGCUCCAACGUUAACCCAUUUCCAGCAAACCUUCUGCUACCUGAUGCAUGAAUUCCACAAGUUCUGGAUUGACGAGGAUCCACUGGACAUCAUGGAGUUCAAUCGUGUGCGGGAGAAGUUCCACAAGCGUAUCCUCAAACAGCUGCAGAAUCCAGAUAUGGCCCUGUGCCCUCACUUUGCUGCCUCAGAAAGCUUGAUCAACCUGUAGAUGUUGACUGGGUUGGGUUUGGAAACACUGCCUCAUUCACAUGUUAGGCCACCAUCCUAGAAAUAAAAUCGCUCAUGUAUGGAAUGACCAUAGCGAUUGUAUGCAUGCUUCUUGGUGCAGUAUUUCAUCUCUUUCGUUCUCUUUUCGGCAUCUCCUCUCACACCGCUCCUUUUGAGGGAGGGAGGGGCUUGUCAUGAAAAUGGAGUGCUCGGUCACAUCGCGGCAUUUUGCAGUGUUCAACUUUCUGAAAUUGAUGUCCCAUAUGAAGAAGUUUUUUCUAUUUUUUUAGUCUCUUUCCUCCUCUCCUUUCCCUAUCACCCCCUCCAUAAUUCAGCAUUUAUUUAAAGAAUUGUAGUUCUCUAGCUGUGAGAUUUUUUUUUGGUAUAUGUGGAAUAAUUUGGUUGAAAAAACUUGUAUUGUGGAAGCCUUUUAACUUAACUGAUUUGUUUUAUGAUAACGAAGAAUAUGUUUAAAAUGGUCAUGAUCCAGGCAAAGUUGAGCACUUUUGGAUCCCACUGAUUUUUUUGAAAUGCCCCGUGCUUUAAUCUUUCCCACUAAAAUGAAUGGGAUAUAAAAAGGCUUAACUUUGGAUGAAUUGUGCCCUGUGUUUGUACAUUAUUUUAAAAAGUGUAUGUAACCUGAGCCUCAUACAGGCAAAAUAAAUGAAGAGACAUUUUUUCCCUGUGCAUGCGCCAUGAAAAAAAUUGGAUUAUGAUACAAAUGGGGGGAUACUUUUUAACAUUCACGGACUCUAUAAUGAAGCAACUGUGGUAGUGUGGAAAGCUGAAUUCUGAGUGAGUUUUGAAAGCAUUCACUGUGCUGACUGCAAAGAUCAGAAAAUGUGCGUAUAGGUAGGUAAGGAAAGGAAGGUUUUCCUUUUUUUCAGAAAUUCACAUUCCAACAGCACCACCAUAUCCAUAUGAUCAUGAGUGACUAAGUUGAAUUGUGCCGCUUUGAAAAUGUGACGUGAACAUACUGUGUUUCCGCAUGUCCUGAAUGCAACACAGAUCGAUCAUGAGUAGUGUUUGACUGCCUUUAGUGAGGAGCAAAUAAAUAUCUAUAUUCUUAAUUUUGACAUAUUGAACUUGAGCUUUAUACUGUCAAUAUCAGUUUCUAACUGAGGGCUAUGAGAAGCAAAUCAUCUAAAAGGCAGGAAGGAAAAAAUAGCUCGUCGUUAAAACAAAAGCAUAGGACAAAGCGCUGUCUUAUUUUUUUAAAAAGAACACCCACACUCAAUCCAUGUGGAAGUCAUCUUGCAUAAACAGCCCUGUUGGGAUGAAUGGAAAGUAUACAGGAUCAUAACUAUGCUAAUUUCAUUCAUUUUUAAAAUUGGGCUUGUGCAUGAGUCAAACUACUUGGACUGUUCCCAACGCUUCUGACACCAUGUGUAGACUGUCAAAAUAGUAUUUACCAUGGCAUUUCAUACCCAUGGUAUUUUUUUACCUUUGGAAGUUUAGUAUUCUAGGUAGUUUGUGAAGUUGCUUGCAUAGCAAGAUUGAAUUUGAGGUAUUACCUAAUUAUUUGUGGAUUAUAUGAAUAAAUUAUGUCACUCUAAAAAUAAA